AUGUGUAUAAUACAAGGUUUCAUCAACUUCCUUUGUCUCUAUGCCUCCCUGUUCUUCCUAGCCGCCAUCGCUACAAACAGAUUUGCUAAAACUUGGUCGAUGAAGUACACUCAACUGAUAUACACGAGGAGAAAUACCGGGAUAAUGUUCCUGACCCUGUGGCUCAUGUCCGUCACCGCUGCGGCACUUCCUGUGUUAGGUUGGGGCCGCUACGCCUUUGACAACAUCCGGGAUAACUGCAUCUUUGACCGCAGGGCGGCGCCAUCCUAUUCUUUCUUUUUGGCGUCGGUUGGGAUACUGCUGCCUUUAACAAUAUGUGCCGUGUCUUACAUUCUGGUUCUGAUCACUUUCUUCAAGAGUAGGUCACGUGUCGGAGAUCGUGGUACCAUCAACGGUUCGGGUGCAACUAGUCGUAGUGAGAUGAGGCUAACGAGGAACUUAUUCCUGGUGUGGCUAGUCUUCUUUGUCUGCUGGACCCCCAUGAUCUCCUUGCUCUUCAUCGAUCCCCAGGGUCUCUCGGGACGGACGGCGUACGUCGUCGCUGUAUGGUUCAUGCUAUGCAACAGCUGCAUCAACCCAAUAAUAUACGGCCUCACAAAUAAGAAGUUUAGGAGAGGGUAUCAAACCGUGGUUCGGGGAUGUGUUAACCGUAGAAUUAGAACGAGUCGUAUUCAACCCUCUCCGACUGACGUAAGGAGGAUUUCGAGGCUGAAACAGAGGCCUGGAGUAGGCGAACGAGGCAGAUUCAACCCGAAUCUUCUACAAGUCAGGCCAUUGUCACCUCGUCGGUACUAGGAAGAGUUGUCUACCCUUGACCGCUGUUUGUAAUUUGAUGUGAUGCUUAACAGGAACUUGCGUUUGCGAUCUGAAGACAAGUAAAUAUGUUUUCUUAUUGGACAGGAUGAUAACGGACUGUUCGCGGUUUCAUAUCUGACAGACUAAGCGAAACCGUACAAGAAUCGUAGAUACAUGGUAUCAUCCUAUAUUUGGCAAUAAUAUACAUCCACAAAGUCAUGGAUAGGUGUUUCUUUCAGAAAUGUCACAAUGCACAAUAUUUAUUUUACCUGAAAGUGAGAUUGACCAAUCAGAGAACAGAACUACUAACCCCACAUGAGCCCGUAUACCGCCAGCAAAAAUCCAUGAUGGUUGUUACUGACCUAAUAUGCGGCCGUAUGCCGUCAGUAACAGCCAUUUUGGAUUUUCAAACACUCACCUCACAUUCGUUGAACGACGCUGUUUUGUGUAUUAAUAUUAUUAAUUGUUAUGUGCAAAGGCAUUACUUUUUGAAGAAACCACGUUCACGACUUUAUUAAUAAAAAAAUCUCACAACAGAGGUUAGUGAUUUACAAAUAGCAACGUGAUAGAGCAUAAUAUAGGAUAAUGUCACGAACAAGAAACGUGACGCCAAUGACGUCACCUAGAAUUCGAUGAGGAAAAAUGGGCUGCUAUCAAGUUACAGUGGCUCGCAGAUUUCUGAUAAACUGGGAGCAUUUCUGUGAUAAUUCUAUCCAAUUGAGCUAUUAAACUUGUUUAAACGUUCACAUUUGGUGUAUUGUAGCUUCCAAUGUUACCGUAUGUGUUUACAUUAAAACGUUGUGUCGGAAACAUA